AUGGCCCCAAUGAUGGCACGCCUCCUCCACUUUGCGCUCCUCCUUUUCUCCUCAUCCGCCCUACUUGUCUCAACGGCCAGCACUACGGACCCGAAUCCAGCUCGGCCAUGGGAAGCGUACAUCAACAGCCCGUCCACCCGGACCGUCCUCCCUCAACGGAUCCACGCCGUCUCCGGGCCCGCGAACGUGACGACCUCCGCCGAUGACGGGAGCUUCGUCCUCACCCUCCAGCCAGGAGGUCAAGUAUCCCUGGACUUUGGCUACGUCGGCGGUCUCCUCUCCAUGAUGGCAGAAUCCAACAAUACAUCAUCAUCACCCAGUAACUCAUCAGAGCCGCACUUCUCCCUCGCCUUCGCUGAAUCACCCGCCUUCGUCCGUGAGAUCUCAGACGAUACAGGCGCAACACCAACUCAAGACUACGACAAGGCCCUCAGCGUCACAAUCCCCGCUUCCUCUUCAACAACCCCCUACGCCUACACCAUGCCCAAAGAACGCUUCCGCGGCGGCUUCAAAUACCUGACCCUCCACGCCUUCCGCUCCGUAACAAUCACCUCGAUCAUCUGCCACCUAGCCUACUCCCCAUCCCAACCAAACCCCUCCCUCUGGGCAGGCCACUUCCAUACCCCGGACGACGACCUCCUAACCCGCAUCUGGCACGCCGGCGUCUUCACAGCCCAAACCAACAUCGCGCCCCCCAACACAUCCCGCUGGCUACCUCAAGUUAAACCAGGCUGGGCCUACAACGCGACCCUCGGCGUCGAGGGCCCCAUGCUCCUCGACGGCGCGAAGCGAGACCGCGCAGUCUGGCCGGGCGACCUGGGCAUCGCGGGCACGACGGCGUACCUAGGUCUCGGCGAUGCCGGGUUGGAGUCGGUGUUCUUUGCCCUGGACACCAUGUUCCUUUACCAGAAUGCUUCUACGGGUCAGUUACCCUUCGCGGGCCCGACGACUGGCUCUUGGAGACGGGGCGCGAAGAGCGAUACGUAUCAUGCUUGGACAUUGAUCGCUUGCUUCAACUACGCGAUUUUCACUCGCGACGAGGCGUGGGUUGACGGCCGGUGGGGGAACAUCACAGCGGGCGCGAGUCAUAUCCUCCGCGCCAUCGACGCCAGCAGCGGCAUAGGCCUCGCAGAGCAAGUCGAGACAAACGACUGGGCUCGUCUCGGCGGGGGAGGGUAUAACAGCGCCCUCAACGCCUUGAACUACCAUGCCCUCUCUUCCCUCGCCAGCCUUGCCGCCGACACGGCGACGGACUCCAACGACCGCGGAGAGCGGGCAACAACGUGGACGGCCGCGGCAGCGAAGCUCAAGACGGCGUACAAUGCCGUCCUCUGGGACGCCUCCGCCUCGCGGUACCGCGACAACGAGACCGCCGCGGGAGCGCUCCUCUUCCCCCAGGACGGCAACGCGCUGGCCUUGCAGUAUAACCUCACCACAUCCCCCGCCCAAGCCUCCUCCCUCUCCGCGGCACUACUACGCAACUGGAACGCCAUCGGGCCCGUCACGCCCGAGCUACCGGACACAAUCUCCCCCUUUAUCUCCUCCAUCGAAGUCCUCGCGCAUUUCGCCGCGCGGAAACCCCGUCGCGGGCUGCGGCUGAUGCGCCGCACGUGGGGCUACAUGCUCGACUCCCCGCUCAUGACGGGCACCACGCUCGUGGAGGGGAUGAGCGCCAACGGGUCGUUGUAUUACCGCUCGCAGCGGGGGUAUAACUACGACGCGGCGUAUACUUCGCUCUCGCACAGCUGGUCUACGGGGCCGACGCAGGCUCUUACCUUCAAGGUUGUCGGGCUUGAGGUUGUUGGGUGGGGAAGGUGGCGGUUCGAGCCGCAGAUGGGGGAUCUGAGGAGGGCUGAGGCGGGGUGGAGGGAUGGGAAGGGGGGUGAGUAUGGGGCUGUUGUUGUGGUUGAGGGUGGUGGUGACGGUGAUGAUGAUGGGCAGUGGAGAGAAGGGGUACUGGAGGCGGAGAUUCUGACGCCUAAUGGGACUGAGGGAGUACUUGAGAUUCCGUAUUGUGAGGUUUUGUUUGUUGAUGGGGAGAAGUGGGAUGGCGGUCGUCUCCAAGGAGGGCGGACGAAAGUCAGGGGCGAGGGAUGUCGAGUCAGUUGUUGA